AUGCCAACGGAUAACGCGGCUCAGGGCUCAUCGGUGAUGACCUCGUCAACUUCUGUGCCGGAACGGGUUAAAAUUCGGAUCCCAGAAUUUACCCCGGAUGAUCCAGAACUCUGGUUUUGCAUACUGGAGCGGAACUUUAUUGCCGCUGGCAUAACGUUGGAUGGUAUAAAGGCAAGUUACGUCACAGGGGCCCUUGGUGCGCGAUUCAUCACUGAGGUACGCGAUGUUCUUUUGAACCCGCCAGCGUCCGGAUUAUAUGAUACUUUAAAAACGGAACUGAUUCGUCGAUUAAGUGUCUCCCAGGAACAAAAGGCCAGGAGGUUGUUAGAGCUUGAGGAGAUUGGCGAUCGCAAGCCGUCGCAAUUUUUACGGCAUCUACGCGGUUUAGCUGGGACUUGUGUGUCGGAGUCGUUAUUGCGGACUCUGUGGCUAGGACGUUUGCCAACGAAUGUGCAAGCUAUUCUCGCGACUCAGAAAGAUACCGCGUUAGAUAAGGUGGCUGAAUUGGCGGAUGCGAUUCUUGACACGGGGCCUGGGCGCGUGUCAGUGGCGGAAGCUGCAUAUGUAAGUCCCGCAGGACCGAUUUCUCCUACGGAUGCGGUCACAGAGCGGAUGAUGCAGCUGCUGAUCACUCUGCAGAACCAGACCGAGAUUAUGCAGGGUCAAAUUGCGGAGCUGCGCGCUUCGCGAAGGGACCAGCCGCCCGUACGACGUUUCGAGCGAAGACGCAGUGCAUCGAGACGAGGAUUCAAUUCGCGGGAGCGGUCGCAAUCAACCGGCGCACAGUGGGGUAUUUGCCCCUAA